UAUAUAUUUUGUAGUUAAUAGGACUUAACCGGUAUACGUACUGUAACGGUGUAUACCGUUACGAUGGUAAGUAUCCAACCUGCAUGGUUGACGAUCGACAACGCAUGGUUGAAUAAGGAGCAGUAGGGGUGGAUACUCUAGAUAGAAUGUAUGAUGUUGAUCAAUACAUAGACGUUAGCUAGCCCUCUAUUACUCAGCGUAUAUAUAAUGACGGGAUCCUGAGCUAUAUGGAUACCCAUCGUUUUAUCCUUUAAUACAUUCGAGUCUCACGCUGUUUUGUUUGUGAUUCACAUUGUCUACUCCUUUACGUUUCCGAUUGUAAUUAUCUCCUGGGUCGACAUUUUUGCAUCUGGUAGCGAAAGUAAAGAUGAACGAUGAACUCUGGAGAAAGUACAACGACAGAAGCGAGGUUGAACUGAUCGACUUGGUCAAUGACGAGUGUCUACCAUUGUGGCUUGCAGUGUCAAUACUGCAAAAAAGGCAAAUCAAGCGCAAGGCCAACUUUGAGCAACUGGUCAGAACGGAACAUAUAUGGAAAGCCGCCCAUGACAAUUUUGCCCGCCAAGCUACUGCCAAGAAGCAUGAAGACAAUAUACUCAAGGAGUUCAAUAUGAACAAGACUAUGUACGAAGCGUGGAUACAAGCCAGGCAAAAGAGAAAACAAAGAAUUGCUGUAUCCCAAAAAGAAGUUGAUAAAGCUAGAGAAAUCUACAGAGCUGCCAUCAACGAAUUGAACAAGGCAAUCGAGCCAAGCGUCGAGCAGUUUGGACCUUUGUACGAAUUUGAGGUUGCCAGGAGGGCUGCGCGCAAGAGUAUCCAAGUUCCUGACGAAGAAGGGAAUCAAGAGCGCUUGCCAAGCUGCCAACUAUGUACGACGAAUUCAUGGACUUUCGCAACGAAGGACCCAGUCAGCCAAGCUCUUCAGAGCAACCUCGGGCAGGAGGAGUGCCACAAUAAAAGAAAGGUAGCUUGGGAGGUUUGUGCGGCACUCGUGCAAGAACGACACGCCGUGUGCCGAAAGAAAAUGACAAAUUUUUCCCUGGCCGGAAAAUUGGAACCGUCCCUCUCCGACCUCCCAUUAAAUUUGACGGAACAUGGGUCGAAUACCAUGGUUAUGGGCCACAGACAUGCUUUUUCCACGACAUACUUUUCGAAAACGAUGCCAAUGAACCAGGACUCGACUACUUGCGCAGGAAAACACUUACCGGACUUGACAGGUGGCACAAAGUUGACGAAUAUCCACUUGGAUCAACUGGAGAUUUUGAACUAAAGGAGGAGCCAAAGACAGUCGCGCGCGCAAUUGGCCUCACCAAGCUCAAGCUCAAAGUUCCAAAAAAAAAAUACAAGAUGGGCAUGACGUGCAUCAGCAACCCAAACGCACACCCAGGGCCCC